CACAGGGACAGGGGGACAGGGGGAUAUGGGGACAUGGGGACGUGGGGACAGGGGGACGUGGGGACAGGGGGACACGGGGACAUGGGGACACAUGGGGACACGGGGACGUGGGGACAUCCCGCCCCGGUCCCGCAGUGCUGGUGCGGCGCGGCCCCGACGGCAAGGCGCAGCUCGUGCUGCUGGACCACGGCCUCUACGAGUUCCUCAGCGAGAGGGACCGCCGCGCGCUGUGCCAGCUGUGGCGAGCCAUCGUGCUGCGCGAUGACGCCGCCAUGCGGAGCCGCUCGGCCGAGCUGGGCGUCAAGGAUUACUUCCUCUUCUGCGAGAUCCUGAUGCAGCGCCCGCUGCACGGGGGGCAGCUGGCCCUGGCCAACGUGCUGACGCGGGAGGAGGCGGCCUACAUGCAGGACAUGGCCGCCCAGCACUUCCAGCGCAUCGUGGCCGUGCUGCGCGCCCUGCCGCGGCCCAUGCUGCUCGUCUUCCGCAACAUCAACACCGUGCGCAGCAUCAACGCCGCGCUGGGGGCCCCGGUCGACCGCUACUUCCUCAUGGCCAAGAGUGCCGUGCGGAGCUGGGGCCGGCUCAGCAGCGAGCGCGCCGCCGGU